AUGGGUCCCUUCCCAUCAUCUUACAAUAACAAGUACAACCUGCUAGUAGUGGAUUAUGUAUCUAAAUGGGUGGAAGUAGCAGCAACACCUACAAAUGAUAUCAAGGUGGUACUUAAGUUCUUGCAUAAGCAUAUUUUCACUCGUUUUGGCAUGCUUAGGGCUUUAAUAAGUGAUGAAGGUAGCCAUUUUUGUAACAAGAUGAUGGAUGCCUUGCUAGCUUGUUAUGGUGUUCAUCGUAGAACCCCUCUGCCAUACCAUCCUCAAACUAAUGGUCAAGUGGAAUUGUUAAAUAGAGAAGUCAAAAGUAUCCUUGAGAAGACAGUUAAUAGAUCAAUAAGAGAUUGGUCUAAGAAGCUCGAUGAUGCAUUAUGGGCAUACAAAACUGCAUAUAAGACUACUAUUGGCAUGUCACCCUACUGGUUAGUUUUUGGUAAAGCAUGUCAUUUUCCGGUGGAGAUGGAACAUAAAGCUUAUUGGGAAAUAAGGGAGUUGAAUAUGGAUGUCACAACAGCAAGAUAUCAUAGGUCUUUGGAGCUGAAUGAUAUGGAAAAGUUUAGUAAUGAGGCCUAUGAGAAUGCCAAGAUCUAUAAAGAGUGUACUAAAUCUUGGCAUGAUAAAAAUCUUGUUCGCAAGGAGUUUCAACCUGGGCAGUGGGUGUUGUUCAAUUCUAAAUUGAAGUUGUUUCUAGGAAAAUUGAAGUUGAGAUGGUCAGGGCCAUUUACGGUGGUUAAAGUAUUUCUUUAUGGGGCAGUGGAGUUGCAAGGCAAGGAUCGAGAGACGUUUAAGGUGAACUGGCAAAGAGUAACGCAAUAUUUGGGUGGUCCUAUUGAUAUAGUCAAAACCAUCAUCCAGCUACAACCUUUGUGA